AUGGAGCCCAACUUUCUUGACCGUGUCCUCUUUCGUCCAGACAAUAAGCGGGUUCGCGGUGUGGUUCCGGUGGGAACAAGAAACGAGAAGAAGAAGCCCAUUUCACCCAAGCCCAUCCACAGCAACGCCCAGGACGACAAUCAGACGGCCUUGGCAGUGACCUCGGACGGGGCGGCCAACAAAAGUCUCAACAACCUCCCAGGGACGAAGCGUGAUUUGCGGUUUGGUAUUCGUCUCAUGGACCGUUGCCGCGCGCCCUGGACAAGGGAGAGGCCGGGGGCAGAGCGUCAACCGAGUUCCAGCAUCAGUAACUAUCUGUCAAACCACGAACCCAUUAGAACCCGCACUGGACGGGCCGCGAUCCUCACAAGCGCUCUACCAUGGCACAAACUCAAAGUCACGUCUUCCUCGCAAGAUGGGCACAUCGGGGGUCCUUCUCUCCGCCGCCACACAAUGUGGCGAGGCAUGCUGAACUUGGAAGCAACCGCGAAUGCAACACAACCGCGAAUGCAACGCAAACGCGUCCAUCGUUCCAGGCCAACAGCGCAACCAUACGAGUUUUUUUCUUUUUUUUUUCAGCUUGCUGCUUGUCUCUUAUCAUUAACAAACCAGCAGCCAGAUUGCGGCCGUGGGGAGCACCCGACGGCUGAUCCCCGCUUGAUUCGGCGGCCGUCCGAUGACACGACGGUCAUCGGCCAACACCGACAACAAGGACUCUGA